UUAACCAACUCUCGUCUCUAUAAAAGCAACCUUAAUUACUACUGCAACAUAACCCAUCAACAUCUAUAUCAAGUAACUCCUCCCUCGAAAAUGGCAAGCACCUUCACAUUCACUGCCUUGGUUGCCUCGGCUCUUUGCUUCUUCUCCCUCCUCAGCAAUGCCUUGGCAGCUUCUGGCUUGAAUGUCGAAGGCAAAGUCUACUGCGACACUUGCCGGGUGGAGUUCGAGACAAAGAUCAGCGAGAUGAUUUCAGGCGCUACGGUGAAGCUGGAGUGCAAAAACCGAGAGAACAACACAUUAACAUACGCAGUGGAGGGCGUGACAGAUAACAAAGGCAUUUACAGGCUGCCUGUGGAGGGCGAUCAUGAGGAAGAUAUCUGCGAGGUGAGGCUGAUCAAAAGUGGAAGGGCUGAUUGCAGUGAACAAUUCAAGAUUGUUGAUCGUGCGAGGAUUCUGCUGACCAAGAACGUUGGUAUGGUUCAGACAACUAGGUAUGCCAAUCCUCUUGGGUUCAUGAAGAAGAAAGCUUCCCCUCAAUGUGCACAAGUUCUCAAGGAUAUGGGCUUCGUUCCUAUUGAUGUUGAAGUUUAA